GAACCGCCAAAUAAUUCCCACCGCCCAGCCUAUUCCAGGAUCUGACGAUCAAGAUCACCCAAAAGGCACUCAGGCUCGUGUGCAUACAGGCAGCAUCAUGUUGGCGUCUCAUACCACGGGAUCUUAUGACCCAUGGCAUAUAAAGUCGCGCCAUCACGCAAGUCUUCGUUGCCGUACUCAAGUAUUAUCUUUCGCGUCCGACAGCUUGUAUCAUGUAUACAGUCGGCCUACAAUCCGCUGCCGACGCAUUUCUUCUUUCUAGUCUAAAGGCCCAAGUGGCCAUCGCUUUGCUUGUUCUCUUUAUUCUUCUAUUUUUUGGUCUUGGUUCUCAAAAAGAUUGUGUCGUUGACGGCGCCCCAGUAUUUCUCCCCGGCUCUCAUCUCCUCGCCAUCACCCCAUUCUUCCGCCGACGCUUCGAAUUUCUGAACAAUGGUUUUCAUAAAACUGGCCAGUCUCUCUUUCAGUUUAACAUGCUUCGAGAGACGGUCAUUGUUGUUUCCGGAGAGUCAGCCCGGAAAUCAUUCUUUGCCAACAAGCACUUCGACCUCACUGAAGGCUUUAAAAUGCUUUCCGGAGCUAUCCCUGUUGUCAAAGGGGUGACUUCCAACCUUCAGUCCAAACGCAUUGCCCAAAUUCAUAAGCGUCUCUCUUCCGUUCAGCGAAAUGAACACCUUAAUGGCCUCAUUGCUCCCAUUCUGGAGGAUUGCCGAAGGGUAAUGGAAACGUGGGGACCAUCAGGAACGUUUGACCCAUUUGAAAAAAUUUAUGAACUUUUAUUCCAAAUUACUGUACGAUCUCUCUCCUGCGAGGAGUUAGCAGACGAUUCUGUCCAAGUUGCGCGUCUCAAGGGACUCUACGACACCUUGGACAGUGGAACAACCCCAGCGACUGUCUUACUUCCAUGGCUACCCGGACCUAGCAUGCUUAAGAAGCUGUGGGCGACCAAAAAAAUCUACGACAUCAUCGUCCGUGCCAUUGAUCAACGGGAGCGUAGUGGACUAUCUAAACCUGACACUUUGCAAAUGCUUUUGGACGAAAAAGACGAAAGGCUUGUUGUCGUUGGUUUCAUUAUGGGUCUGCUAGUCGCUGGUGCACGGGCUACUGGAACAACGGCAUCGUGGCUUAUCACCUAUCUUGGUGAUCAUGAGUCCAAGGAUGAAGUUAUUGCCGAAGUCGAGCAACUCUUGGCAAAUUAUGUCUCCUCUAACGUCUCCCAUUCUUUGUCACAACAACUUUCGUCCAUUCCACUGGAGGCUUGGGAAUCUGAGACACCCGUUCUUGAUUCUCUCAUUCGUGAGACUCUUAGGAUUGCGCAGCCUCAUACUGCCAUGCGCCGAAACCUUGGACCUGAUGUGACGAUUGACGGAAAGACUAUACCAUCAGGGGCAUAUGUAUUAUAUCCUUUCUCGGACGUUCAUCUCAAUCCGGACCUCUACCCUGAUCCAUGGAGGUUCGAUCCUAGCCGCGAGGAGGCGACGGCUCCGUUCGGUUACGUCGGUUGGGGAGGAGGUAAGACACAUUGUCUUGGUCAGCGCUUGGCCAGACUUGAGCUCAAGCUUGUCACCUCCAUGAUGCUUCUUGGCUUCCGGUACUCCCUUGUCGACAAGAAAGGCGAGCAACUCGACACACCCCCUCAACCCAACUGGAACGAUAUUCUACUUUGCCGACCAGAACAAGGCUCGUGUUAUCUUAAGCACGAGAAAUCUGUGCUCUCACUUUAAGUCAAGCUGGUCUUGACUUAUCGGACAACCCUUUGUCUUAUCCUACCAGCAAACUACAGCCUUUUUUACAUUACCCACACAGUUCUAGUCACAGUCCCAUUGGACACAUCAUUUAUUUACCUUAUACUUCAUUUCAAAAACUGUACCGGCUCCCAUACUAUGCCCAUAACGUACUCUGUUGCCCACCAUCGCUCCCUUCCCCAACCUUUC